AUGCCCAAUACUAGAUGGUUGCUUGGGCGGUGGGAUACUCUGCAACUCCAUAACAGAACUGGUAGGGGAGAGCGGUUUCAGAAAGACGCAACUUUGCAUCCAACUUACAGUUGGAGCUUAGCUCCCACCCUCACAUGGCGGACUAGGGGGCUCCUCCCUCUACAUAUUCAUAGAAUUCAGCUUCUCAUUUCGUCAAUUGCAACAAUUAGGCACCUUCAUGCAUUAUACCCCAACUUAAUAGGGAUGGAGCCAUUGGAAGACAUAUAUGUUCAUGGCAUUCAUGAUGCUCAACAACUCAUCCAUGUCCUUCAAGACAUACAAGCAUUUAUUGCCAUUGAUCACACCCGAUUACCUGUGAAACUCAUUGUUAUUGAUUCCAUUGCUGCAUUGUUCAUAUCACAGUAUCAGACAACAUUAGCAGAUUUGAAACAGCAAUCUGAAAUCUUCUUCAAGAUAUCUGGGACAUUGAAGGCUUAA